CCCCCAAAUAUCUCCCCGUGCGGAUGUACUCUGCCACAGUAAAAACAGGCAAUUACGGUUUCACUUCUAAAAUAAAACAAUACAUGGGACAAUGCUGACGUAAUGCCUGAGUCAUCCAUGCUCUUUGACUUUGGUCGCCGCCCGCCCAUCAGACGUUGUGACAGCACAGGCCGUGUUUCCAGGUGCUGUUGCAGUGAAGAUGGACUAGAGCUAGUUGUAAUGGCUUAUUGGCCUUCUGAAGCUAGCUAGCUGUGUCUCGGAGGUUUGUUUUUCCCUGUCAAAUCUCCGCGGGAAGGGAGCGAGAACUGGUCUAGCUUCACAAAGACCACAAAAAAUGCACCCUGACUCGGAAUUGAGAAUUUGAACUGCAUCGCUGGGAUAAAUCAUUAAUGUGGUCAUGGCUGGGCUGAUCAAGAAACAGAUCCUCAAACACCUCUCCAGGUUUGCUAAGAACCUGUCCCCAGACAAGAUCAACCUGAGCACACUGAAGGGUGAGGGCCAGCUCACCAACCUGGAGCUGGAUGAGGAGGUACUGCAGAGCAUGUUGGACCUGCCCACCUGGCUGGCCAUCAACAAAGUGGGCUGCAACAAGGCUGCCAUCCGGAUCCCAUGGACCAAGCUGAAGACCCACCCCAUCUCUCUGACCCUGGACAAGGUGGUAAUGGAGAUGAGCACCUGUGAUGAGCCCCGCCCUCCCAACGGCCCGUCUCCCAUAGCAACAGCCUCGGGGCAAAGUGAGUAUGGCUUUGCUGAGAAGGUGGUGGAGGGCAUCUCUCUGUCCAUCAACUCCAUCGUGGUGAAGAUCAGUGCCAAGGCGUUCAACGCCUCCUUUGAGUUGAGCCAGCUGCAGGUCUACUCUGUCAACACCAGCUGGAGCCUGUCGGACCUCCGCUUCACACGCAUACAGGACCCACACAGAGGAGAGAUCCUGACGUUUAAGGAGAUCAGCUGGCAGAUGAUCCGCAUCGAGGCGGACGCCAUCCAGAGUGCCCAGAACGAGAUGCUGAGUGCCCCCAUCCGCCUCAUCACCAACCAGUCCAAGAUCAGAGUCACCCUGAAGAGACGGUCCAAGGACUGUAACGUGGUGGCCUCUAAGCUGAUCCUGAUCCUAGAUGACCUGCUGUGGGUGCUGACUGACUCCCAGCUCAAAGCCAUGGUCCAGUACGCCAAGUCACUCAGCGAGGCCAUGGACAAGUCUGCUCAGCAGAGGAAGAGCAUGUCCACCGAGGACCAGGAGUCGUCGGCGCCCCCUUCAGCCCAGCAGGUGCGUAGCCAGCAGGUGUCGUCAGGCACAGCGGCUGACCAGAGCGCCACCAUGGCUAAUCUGUUCGCUGCCUUCGACGUGUGUGAGACCUCCCACCACCUGCAGAUCACACACCUCGACCUGCACAUCUGUGACGACAUACACGCCAAGGACAGAGUGAUCAAUAAGAGGAUAACUGGUGGGGCCAUGCAGCUCUCCUUCAGUCACAUUACCCUGGACUACUACCCCUCCCACAGAGCAGGUGAGAGUUGUCUCCACUGGAUGCAGUACAGUGAGGCCACUAAGGCCAGGGAGGGCUGGGCCAGGAGUCUGCUGGAGGAGUUCAAGUCUAACGUGGAGAUGUUGAAGACCGCCAAGAGAGACCGGGAGGGCCCGGCCAAUUCUCACACCUCACCACAGCACGGUAAGAUCAGUACUAGUUCUACCAGUAUCCUCAGUUCUCCCCAGACCCCCAGGACGCAGCUCCUGUCCAGCUCCAUUGUCCUCAGGAUAGCUGACUUCAGCAUCUACCAGGUGUCCACAGCAGACCAGCGUCGCUCCAGCCCUAAGGCCAUGAUCUCCUGUAAUAAGAAGUCCCUGUACCUCCCUCCUGAGAUGCCUGCCAUCCACGUCGAGUUCACCGAAUACUACUUCCCUGACGGAAAAGACUACCCCAUCCCCUGCCCCAACCUGUAUGUGCAGCUGAAUGCGCUGCAGCUGGUGCUGGACCCCAGGAGCCUGGUGUGGUGCAACCUGUUUACGCUGGACCUGAGGCAGAGCCUGGAACAGUUCAUGGAGCUCUACAAGCUCAACGACGAGGAACAGAAGCCUGACGAGCACAUCGACAUCAGGGUGGACGGACUAAUGCUCAAGUUGGUAGUGCCCACGGACAGGGACCCCUCCUAUCCCCAGGACCUCCCCCGCUCCGUCUCCGUCCAAUGCUCGGAGAUGGUGGCCACCAACACCCGCCACCCCCCCAACUGCUCCCGCUCCCACCUGGAAGCCCUCCUCCUCUCCUUUCAAGAACAACAGUUCUUCUCCACCUCCUUUUCCUCCUUCCCUCACUCCUCCACCUCCUUCCCGGUGAUCCAUCCCGUUUUCCAGCGCCAUGCGCAUGAGCAGGACACUAUGUUGCACAAUGUGUAUAAAGGGUUGGUGUCGCCCUCGUUGGGCGUGGAUGCCCUCAAAAUGCCAGCUGCCACAGACUUGUGGGUGGCUCACUUUGCCCAGUUCUGGGUGGACUACGAGGGGUGGCGCGGCGGGAAGGGGCGGCCCCAGCCCUUCGUUGACGCCUUCCCCCUCACUCUGUGGGCGUGCCAGCCGGUCAGACACGCCCAGCACCAGGAGCGGCUAAUGGGUGGGGCUUCGAGAGGGCAGAGAACGCCCCUUGCUGCAGGCCUGGCCAAGAGCGAGCCUGUGGAUACCGUAGGACGUCUGCAGAGGAAGAGGCUUUUGAAGGAGUACUAUAGUACGGUUACGGAUGCCACGGCAACAGAGGCCUCACUGCCACCUAGCAACGGGCUUCACAAGCCACUGUCCCUGGACAACAUCCCCCCACCUUCCUCGUCUUCCAGUAAGGAGGCAGACAUGCACAUGUUAGUGCACGUACAGAAGCAUUUGAGCGCACAGGUGAGCCACAGGCAGUACAUGUUCCUGAUGCGGCUGCAGCGCAGCAUCAAAGCCUUGCAGCACACCCUGCAACAGGACCUGGAGGGGAUGGGCUCCAAACGAGACAAGGCAAAGACCACAUCGGACCCCCCUCCAGACCACCAGCCCUUCAGUGCCUGUGUGGGGAUCCUGCUCAAAAGUGCGGAGAUAGCUCUCCUCUUGAAGCCGGUCCCCCAGCCCGAGGGUCCUGGUUCCCCCCUAGGGUCGGAGUUGUCCCCCUCGGAGAGUAGAUGCACCUUGGAGACUGGGAGUGACGGAGGGGAGGGGGGGGAUAGAGGAACCCACGUGGAGGGGGCUGGGACAAAGGGAAGCUGUACAGUGGACCAGCUUAUGUGUGGGGUAGAGGGUGGGAUAACGCAAGGCCCCGCCCCUCUCAUCCCCGCCUCUGCCCCCAACCUGAAGGUGUCUUUUGAUGAAAGGACAGGGAGAUCGAGUUCAGAGGAGUUGGGAGAGGCUAUCCUGGAGUCCCGGACUGGGGGAGAGGAGCCGGGGACCGGAGUUGAUUGUACAGCCCAGCAGGGUGAGUCCUCCAGGGCAGACCCCACUCUCUCAGACCCACUCUCCACCAAAGACUGGAACGAGAAGAACCCUGGGGCCAGACUGCCUGAGUCUAUGUCCAGUGGGCGUCUGAUGAGGGAGCGUUCCCAGUCCAGUUUCUCAGUGUCCUAUAAGAACAUGAAGAAGACUCCGUCUCUGCAGUCCUUGGACAACCUCUCCAUAGACAGCUACCUGAUGGAGGACGGAGACACAGACACAUACAGCCUGCUGGAGAGGGACGACGUGUCCAUCUCAGGCUUUAAGGAUGUGGUGAGGGAGCAGAGUGCCACAGAAAUUGCCAAGGAGGCAGCAGCAGUAGCGACCAUGGGCACAGGGGAGCAGGACGGUGCUGGCUCACCAGAUACUGUCAGUGCCACCUCCCAGAGCAUCGACGAACCUACCAAAGACAUGGUGUCGGUGCUGGUGCUGAAGGUGCAGUGUGUGUGUGGGGGGAUGGAAGUGCGAGGGGAGAGCACGGCUGUGUCUCUGGAGGUGGGCUGCGUCAGACCCACACAGCUGGGAAACGUCAGCCUCCGACAAUACCUCAGCAACCGCAGCCUGGGUAUGGUACCCACUGCUCAGGGCAGCACUAUUGUACCCCCUGCCCCAGGCAGCGAAGGUGGUGGUCUGGAGGCCAAUACAGACGGGACCACCCAUCUCCCGGAGGUCAGGGCUCGGCUGGAGAGCGGGCCCUGUGCCGCCGCCCACUCCCCCCUGGCCGAGACCAACGGUUUCCUCCAGCUGCGUCUCCACGGCUACCGGGCCAGCUUCCUCAUGUCGUCGCUAAGGAACCUGGCUCACUUCCUGGAGGAUGACUCCGCCCCCCAGGUCCUCCCGAUGGAGAUCAGCGUCAGAGACACACACAUCGACCUGAAGGAUGAUGGUCCCCGUGACAACCCGUCUGACCCUGAUCCCACUCCCAUCACCCUGCACAUCUCCAACCUGCUCAUCCACAGGACCGACGAUGGAGCCUUCUCUAUAGGGGUGGAAAAUGCGUCUGAGGCGGGGCCUAAGAAAGAAGUCCAAUUGAUUGACAGCGGUCUGUCUCCAGUCUCUGAGAGUGUGGUCAACAGCACUCCCAAGGCCACACAGACCCCCAGCCCUCCUAGCCCUAGCACAACCCCCUCCAACAAAGAACAGCUGCUGAUAGAGGAGAACGAGUGUUUGAAACUGGAGCUCUCCAAAGCCAAGAUGGCUCUAGCUGAGGCCCAAAUGGAGAAGGACUCCCUGUUGCACCGCAUGAAGAGUCUCAAAGUGAACAGCAGCUAGGGUAGGCCACCAGAGGCCCAGUGACCACCAGUCUGUAGUGCUGCAUAUCACCACAGGGGGGAAGCAGAGAGGAGAGAGGGGGUACUGGAUACUGGAGCUACUUGAUAUAGCAUCACACAAGUAUUAUUCAAGCAUCAGCCAGGUCAUUCAAGCCUGUUCUGAUGAAGGGCUGGUCGCCUAAGAACUAGACCACAUACACACAGUCCAUGAAGUCUACUCCUUAACACACACACACACACACGCAGUCCCUGAGAACUAGAGUGGGGCUACUUUUUCACUACCACCCUCAUCUCAGGAACUGGAGAGUGGACAGUGUUAGACUUUCAUCCCCUCCUCGAUACAGUGCUGCCGUGUCAUCCCUGGGCUGGGACUAGGACUGCAGUACACAUGCUUGUUUUACAUGCUAGUUUUACAUGAUUGUUGAGCUUGUUUUGAGUUUCUCUCUUUAUGCAGUAAGUUAGUGUUCAGUCUCUCCAGUAAUCCGACUCUGCAAGCCAGAGCAGCCUCCUAAAUAUGGAAGCAUAAGGAGGGAUGAAGGCGAGAGGGAACGAAUCUAAAUUAAACAGCCCGCAAGUGGAAUGGAGGGGCUAGGGAGGUGGGGUGGGAGUCCUGAAUGUUAGGCUUGGGGGAAAAGUUGCCCUCCCUGAAUCGUUACCUUAAAUAGGAGAAACAAUGCAAAAAUGGGCAACUUUAUCAAGCAUCAUAUUUUUGAGGAGCAUAUUCUAUAUGUAAUGACCUUUGAUGGGAGGGGCUUGCCUGGGUGGGGUGAGACACUGAAUGUCAUAACUAUGGAGGAAUGUCUUAAAAAUAGACUUAUUUUGCACUGCGCUGAAACUGAACAUGUAAUUUGGUGCUUAUGGAAAAAAAUGUAUCUAGCGCUGAACCAAUUGUAUUUGGUGUGUGUAUGGUAAUGUACUUAUGAUGGGCAAAGCGUACACAAUGUUUUCUACAGAAUUCUGAAUGGUUGUGCAGUGUGUUUUCAACAUGUAUUUUUCAUGUAACUAAAACAAGCAUUUCAUUUAAUUGAAAAGGAAAAUAUACAAUUCUAUAUUUUCACAUGUACUUUUUUUCCAUUCCAUCUAGUUGAUGUCUACAAUACAAUGCCCAUCAUGUCCCACUGCACUGUUUAUUCCCCACUAUUUUUCUACAUGUAAAUAGCUAGUUGUGUGUCCAGCACUUUUGAACUAUAUUCAUUGUAAAUACAAUCCCUGUACGAAAGCAUCAUCCAAUCCAGUUGAGAACACUACCCUGUCAUCUCUCGAUUAUCCAAUGAGUGGAAAGAACACAAUAUGGAGAGCAAGUUACCAUCUCUAUUCUCCUAUGAGGAUAAAGCCUGGGGUGUAUUCAUUAUUCGGAUUCCUUUACAGAAUGUAUUUUCUGUUCAAAAUGUUUUGCAACUAAAAACAUUUACCCAAACAGAAAACGUUUUGCAACGAUUGGACAAAUUCAGGGUGGCCUCUUUCCCCCCCCAUUGGUUCUGUUUGUGUUGUUUGCUUCCGUUUAGUUCCUAGAGUAAAUGGUUUCCGUAGCAAAACGUUUUUUUGCAAAGGUCUGCGACUAAUGAAUACAGCUUUCGCCUACCCUCUGCUGAGCCCAACACCGGACGAUCCGGUUUUAAGGGGAAAUGGAAAAAGCCUGUGACGCGACUUCCACUUUUGAUCAUUAACAAGGUAACGCUCCAUCUUCUCCUCCACAUGUACUGGAUUGGUUGAAUGGUGCAGAAGAGAACCCCCCCCCCCUCUCCCUUCUUGUCAAGAUUUGUUGUAGAAGAUCCAGUUUCAGGUGUUUAUUUUACUCUUGCUACGUUAGGUAACUCCUCCCAGUGCAGGAGGGGAAACACUGGCAUGUGCUUUUCUGUGCGUGCAUUCUAUAUUUGCAUAAUCCUACAUGUAGUUUUUCACCCACGUGACGUCGUGCCCAUAUCUGCUGCACCAUACUGCUGCACCAUGCUUGUCUGUUGGGGAAGCCUUGGAGUGUUGUAGGAUAGAGCUUGAUUUCCCCUUUGGAACAUGCUUUUGGCUCACACACAAUUCAGUCAGAAGGCAGUUCUGUCUGAAGCAUCACGUCUUACACAGGGACGUUUCCAGUAGUAGCAUGAGAUUUGCUGAUGGAUUACAAUGGCUUGCCUCUCUUUAAAGGUGCAGUCUGCAGGUUCUCUGUCCCGUAUGGCAAUGAGAUCAAGUAAAAACACAACUACUCUAAAACAAAACCGAAUAAGGAAAAGGUAGUUCUGUUUACACCAACGAUGGCAACUGGUCUUCCUUUGGUUUUCACUGGCAGGCUCACUUGAAUGACCCCAUCCUAGUCCUUCAAAAAGGGCAGUUUGGGAAUACAUACAUUUUCUACUUUAAAGUCGUUAACUAUCCAAAUUGUGGACCUAGCUCAGCCUAGGCCUAUUUCAGUCCAGCUGAAUGUCUUUACAAGCUGUGCUGUCCUCUCUCUCUACCUUGAUACGAUGCUGGUUCACUUACCUGCUCAACACUGACAAGACUUGAAUGGCAGUUAGGAUUUGAAUGCUUGAUUGUACUUUAAAGGCUGCCCUCUCUGGAGUUUCAAACUUUCUCAUCCACUUCCUUGUCAGAAUUGACCCGCCCCCUCAUUACAAUAGCUCCUCCCUUGACCUGCUCAGCUCCUGAGAACCUGUGUACAAAAAAAAGGAUUUGUAAUAUUGGUCUGUCAAAGCUGCUGAGCUACUGAUGAAAAAUAAAAAGGUAUCCAAUCAAAAAUGUC